AUGUCCAGUCCCAAGUGCGGCGAAAUGCUGCCGGACGCAUCGGCCAAGCUCACGCUCUUGCUCAAGCGCGCCGAGGUGGCCAAUGCCAAGGGCUUCUCGGUCGACCUCUCAAUCGAAUGCGACAUUUGCGAGACGACCAACACGAUGACGGCGGCGACGUGCGCCGACUCCUAUUGCGGCAGGAAGCUUCCGAACGACGCGGAGAAGCUGCGCAUCCUCGUGCGUCGCUUCGACCUCGCGAUCAGCGCCGCGUAA